AUGGUUGCUUCAACCUUUACUCGACUUGCUACCUACCCACGUUUGUCUUGCGAAGAACUGGGGACAAAUACAGCUAAAGUAUUGUUCACAUGGAGUCAUUUCAAAAAUACCUCAUACCGCAUCGCUCGUCGCGCAAGAUCGGCUCUUGGAACAUUCGCUCACUUUGCGCAACGGGUGGCGCAAGGAUCCUCGUGGACGAAUUGUCGCGAUACGGUAUAUGCAUUAUGGGCCUGCAGAAAGUUCGAUGGCAAGGCGCUGCGAACCAAAGGACUCGUUUUGUUUCACAAGCUCAUCAUUUGCCUGGGCGACUUUAACGCGGUAGUUGGCCCCUUUGGUAGCGGGUCACCAAACGACAACUCGGAUCGUUUUUUGGAAUUCUGUGCGUCCGCAAGACUUAGGGUCUGCGGAUCUUGGUUUCGCCGUAAAGAUAUCCAUAGACUGACGUGGCACUCAAAUGACGGCCUUACGGCUAAGGAGGUUGACCAUAUCCUGGUAAAUGGCUGGUGGCGGGCGGUUUGUAACUGCCGUGUGUAUCGUAACAUGGAGUUUGAUACUGAUCAUUCCCAGGUGGUGGCCCCUUUCGCCAUCUUCUUUAAGGGCACUGUGGUUAAAACUAGACCUUUCCCUAGAUUUAAUAUCCGUUUUCUGCGCGAUAACGUCACUGCCGCAACAAACGCGGCCGAGUUAGAGAAUUCAUUUUGUGAUGCAAUGACCAAGAUGACUGAUAAGGUUUUUUGUUGUGCUGUUCCUAUGCGUCAUGAAAAGAUCUCAACCGCAGCAAGGCGACUGAUCGAAACGAAACGGCAGGCUAGACUUAGUGGCAUGAAGGAAGUCGCCUGCUCUCUACAUGGAUGCGAGGCGUGGUCAACUACUGGCGCUCAUUUGAAAAGGCUAGACGCUACAAAUCAUUGGUGCUUGCGCAGGAUCCGUUGUCCAACUUACCGCGAUCGCGUCACCAAUGUUGAGGUGAGGAGAAGAACAGAGCAGCCCUCCGUUUCCUCACUCCUGUUCAAGCGUCGUCUAAAUUUAUUUGGUCACAUAGCUCGUGCCAGUCAUGGAGGAUCAUUACCGGGCUUUAAAAACUGUCAUAGACUCGACCGCGUGGCCGUUCAAGACAGUCAUAGAUCUGCUCAGUAA